GUCGUUUUUGUGUUCAGUUUUUAUCGUUCUCGGUCAAAAGUGGACGACAUGGCGUCAAUGCGUCAUAUGUUCAUAAAAUCGUUGUAGUCACAGGCGACAACUACGGUGGGCUGUGGCAGGUGGCUACCGCGGUCACAAACUCCUAACGUCGUUUACAUUUUACCGAAUCAUAGAACACUCCCAGCGUCCCAUGCAGUUUUAUGUUUAAGUGAUUACUAGUAGAAGUACCUCGUAUAGUAGGUACAUUUGAUUAUUUUUGAAACCGUUUUUUUUUUUUCGUAUUGUACAAUGUUUGUCGAUAAUGUAGUUGUAUUAUAAUAUUAAAUUAUACAUUUUUUUUUUUUUUUUAAUAUAAUUGUUAUUUAUCUAAUUUAAAAAUGGCCAUGAGAUUCAAAAGUAUUUUCUUGGACCCACAAACUUCACAGCCGACUUACAAUAAUAAAAAUGAAGUUCUUUGCGAAGUAUUGUUGGAAGGUAAGUAAAAUUAUUUGACAAGAUUUAUUAUUUAAUUUGAUUAGAGAACAAUUUAUUAUUGUUAACAAAAUAUUGUGCAAGUUAAAUUACUUAAUCUAAAGAAAGUAAUACGUUGAUAUUAGGUUUUGAACAGGUGGAAGAAUAUUAUUAAUUUUGGUGUUUUUUUUAUGAUAACUUAAAUUGUUUAGUUAUAUGUCAGAUAUUUACCUAUUUUUCGUAACCACUUCUAAAAUAAUAUACAAUUUAUUAUUUUUAUUAGGUAUAAUAGCAUAUUACUCAUUAUUUAAAGAUUAAAUUAAUCAGUUUUUUUUAUAAACAACCGAAUCCUUCAAUAUUCUUAAAAAUAAAAAUUAAUUUGAAAUUAUUUUAAUUUAAAGGAUACAUAAUUUCAAUGCUAUAUUAUAUUAUGUUAGUUUUGGUGAGAUACCUGUUUUAUAUUUUUUAUUUGAACUGAACUAGUAAUAAAAAUAGAUGAAAAUUUGAUAUGAGCUUUACAGUCAAGUUUCUGAUUCAGUGUGUACAUGAACACUCUUGGGUAGUCUAUAACAAUACUUAUGUCAUUAUUAAUGCAAUUUGAUUGAUUAACAAUUAGAAAAUUGUACUCUAUUUUGUUGUUAAUUUGUAUUCUGAAUCUUCCAACAAGGCGAGAAAGAAGUCAGGACUAUCUUUAUCGUUAGGUCCCCAGCAAAAGUGAUUGAGAUGGUACUGUAAAUUAUUGUAUUACACACAAUCUCAUUUGGUACUUCUGUAGUAGAAUAAAACUGAUGAAACAGCAUCAUAGUCAUUACAAUUCAUAAAUAAUGUACAAUAUAAUAUAAUGUAUAACAAAUCAUAGUAUACUUCAAUUGUAAUAAGAAAUGAAUACCAUAAGGAAACUAAAAUAGUCUGUAAUAAGUUUUAUAACAGUAGUUAAAUGUUACAAUAUAAUAUUGUUAUAGUGCAUACCAAAUUCAUACUAAAAUAACAAAAAUAAAUGUGAAAAUGUUUAUAAAUCCUUUUCUUUUGUUAAGCAUUUUGUCUACAUAAUAUUAUUACAUAUUUUGUUUCUUUAUUAUUUAAUAUAUUGGCUAUUGUAUUAAAUUGUAGAAUAUAAAUACAAUGCUGUUGAAUCCAAUAACUGUUACCCUUUAUUCAAAUUAUCGAGAGUUUAAGAUUGUCAGGAGGUUAGAUUAUCGCAAAUGCAUUUACUAUAUUAGUUAUUUUAUUAAGUUGUAACUUUAGUAAUUUCAAAAUUUAAAAUAUUGUCUUAGAAUUUUGGAAUGUUCAAUUAGUUUUUAAAUAGCAGUAAAAUUAAAUAUUAGGUUUUAAGCAAUUAUACUUAAUUUAAUUAAGUACGUAUAUUUUAAUAAAAAUUUAUUUCACAGAUAGAUCAACAGCUCUUGCCUAUGUACCAGCAGCAACUAUAAGAUCAAUUGGUAUAAUUUUACCAAAAAGAAUUCGUCCUAAACCACAAGUACCUGAUAAUUCACAGGAUCUACAGAAUCGGUCUGACAACAAAAGUCCAAGUCCAGAAAUAAUAGAAAUUAUUGAGGAAUUUGCAUCUGAUAAUAAUACAGGUAUAUCAGUUUUUAAACAUUCCAUGCAAAUUGGUUCAUAUUAUAUUUGGAACAAGUCAAGUUUACCGGACACCUGUUAUUUUCCAUUUUUUUUUUUUUAAAUAUGUGAUUUUCAACACUUUCGGAACUGUUUAAAUUUUGCAUGCUGUUCUAUAAAAAAAGUGAAUAUAAAACAACUAGGUAUCUAAGCAAAAACUAUAAUUACAAUGAACUUCAAACUUCUACAACUUCUUAAAUAAUGGUUUCUGCUAAAAAUUCAAACAGUUUUGAAAAAAAAAUAAAAAAAAAAAAUUUGAAAAUAAAGGGUGUGCAAUAAACUAGACUUGUACCAUAUACUAUUUUAUUGACAACACAAUUUAGACACUAAAACAACAAAAUAAUAUAUGUAUAUGUUUUUUUAAUUUUGUGAUUUAUUCUUGUAAUUAUAAUCAAGUUACAUUCACAUACAAUAUUUCAUUUAAACUUAGUACAGGAUACUAUAGACCCAUUGUUAGUUCUAGAUUUUGAGAGGAGGUAUACUAUUUUAUUGGUUUUACGAAGACAAUGAUAUACAUGCUGUUUUUAAACUACCAAUUCAUUGUUUUAUGCAAACACAUGGUGACACUCCACUGCGCUAUUGUGAAAACUAAAAGGCAUUAUCUGAUUGAUCAAAUGAACUUAUCUAGAUCUUACUACUUCCAUUCAGUGUUGAGAAAAACUUGUCUGGCCCACCCUUUAGUUGGUUUAUUUUUACAAAAAUUAAAUUUUAUAGUUCGAUAUUACAUAAACUUUUUUUGUUUACAUUUAUUUAUUUGUUUGUUUUUAAGAUUAUAUUUGGUCUCCUUACCGGUCUACACCUGAUGAUCAUAAAGCCACUAAAAAGUUCAUUGAGAUUCUUUCAAAUGAGACAUAUGCCGAAAAACUAAAAGAUAAAAUAACUCCGAAGUUUAAAAUUUGGCAACAGAUAAGCAAUGAAAUGAAAAAUGCUGGUUUUCCAGUAGCAGAAAAUGAAAAGGAAGGUGGCAAAAAAUGUGACCAGAAAUGGAGAAACUUGGAAAAUAAGUAUGCUCUUUAUAAUGCAAGUUCAAAAAAUGGACAGCUUGCAAGAAAAAAACCUCCAUAUUAUGAUAUGAUAUAUGCUAUCAAAAAUAAGAAUUUUAAAAAAUCAAUUCGUACUUUAGCUGAAGAAAAUCAAAAUAGAACUUCACCGAUAAACCAUCAAAAUUGUGAAACUGUUGUUUUGUCAAAUGAACACUGCCCGGUAAACCAACAAAUUUGUGAAACUGUUGUUUUGUCAAAUGAACAAUCACCGGUAAACCAACAAAAUUGUGAAACUGUUGUUUUGUCAAAUGAACAAUCACCGGUAAACCAACAAAAUUGUGAAACUGUUAUUUUGUCAGAUGAACAAUCACCGGUAAACCAACAAAAUUGUGAAACUGUUGUUUUGUCAAGUGAACAAACUAACAAUACUCACUGUGAACCAAAAACUUCAUCAAAUUCAAAAGAUUCUGCAUUGAGUCCAUCAGAGUUAUUGCAGCGUAUAACAGUUCACCAUGAAGAAAUCCUUGAUAUGCAAAAAAGACAUUUUGAAGAGAUGAAAGCAAAUCUGAAAAAACAAGAUGAUCAAAGAGAGGAAAUGUUAAGAAUGUUUGCCUCAUUAGUAGAAGAGUCAAAAAGAAAACGUAAAAGGUCCGAAUCUGAUUAAUUUUAUUUAAUCUGUAUUAUGAUGUCUUAACUUUUGAACAAGUUUUUAAAAAAAUAAAGCUUUUACUUAUGUUCACAUAUAUAUAC